CUAUCCAUUCUCCAACUUUUUUCUAGAGCCGCCUUCACCCCGUGAGCAGCGCAAACAGCAGCAUCAACACUUGUGCACAACAAUGGCCUCCGUAUACAAGACGCUGUCCGGUGCGGACAAAGAGGAGAAGGACGUCGGGGUCAAGAGAAACAAGCAGCGCGUCCUCAUUCUGAGUUCAAGAGGUGUAACUUUCCGGCACCGCCACUUGCUCCAGGAUUUGUACUCUUUGAUGCCCCAUAGCCGAAAAGAGGCCAAGCUUGAUACCAAAACGAAGCUCUACCAGCUCAAUGAACUAGCAGAACUCUACAACUGCAACAAUGUCCUCUUCUUCGAGGCGCGCAAAGGCAAGGAUCUUUACUGCUGGAUGUCCAAGCCUCCCAAUGGUCCCACCGUCAAGAUGCAUCUCCAAAACUUGCACACCAUGGAAGAGCUCAACUUCAUUGGCAACUGCCUCAAGGGAUCCCGGCCAAUUCUUUCUUUUGACGCCGCAUUCGACAAGCAGGCCCAUCUGCGUGUCAUCAAGGAGCUCUUUACCCAAAUUUUCGGCGUUCCCAAGACCAGCAGGAAAGUAAAGCCUUUUGUUGACCACGUCAUGGGUUUCACCGUCACAGACGGCAAGAUCUGGGUCCGCGUUUUCCAGAUCAAUGAGAGCGAGCCAGGCAAGAAGAAGGCUGCAGACGGCGAAGAGAUGGAAGUCGACGAGCCUGCGCCCAAAAAGAAGGGAGGAAAGGGAGAACUCGACGUCAGCCUUGUGGAGAUUGGCCCACGCUUCGUGCUCACACCCAUUGUCAUCCAGGAAUCGAGUUUUGGAGGCCCCAUCAUCUACGAGAACAAGGAGUUCGUGUCGCCUAACCAGAUCCGUUCCGACUUGAGGAAGUCCAAGGCCGGCAGGUUCAACAAGCGGACAGAGGCGCAGAGGGAUGCUCUGCUCAAGCACCAGGAGCUGGGACUGACGUCGCACGGUGGUCGCAAAAGGGAGAAGGAUCCGCUCAGCGACAAUGUUCUAUUUGCAUAAUUCGUUUGCAAUAUUUUUUGGAAGGCAAAAAAGUGGCGUUUACGGGAUGCAUCUUACAUGGGGCUGGCGUCAAUUUGUUGGGCUUGGCAUGUGCCUGCAUGUAUAGCGAUAUACCCAAUAGCUAUCAACUCGUGGGUAGCUCGUCUUGAGCGACCGCUAUACACGUCUCUGUACGUUCGUAUAUUGAUUCUAGGGUGCAUUACACUCAACUACACUGGC